AUGGAGAGAUCAUCGUCCCCUUCAAAGGUUCUCCUCGUCUUCCUCCUCCAGUUCCUCCUGCUCUCUGAACCUCUGGAAGCAAGGAUACUAGGUGAUGCAUACGACUACAAGCGACUGCUCGCGUCGGGUGUCGAUGGAGAUGCCGCACUGCUGCCCGCAUCACACCUGAACCUCGCAGAUGUUGCAGGGAACAGGCCUCCCAAGUAUACGCCACCGUCGCCGAAGCCGAGGCCAUCGCCGCGUCCGAUGCUCGGUUGGCGACCGCCGCACCUGUGCGACGGAGAUUGCGCGCAGGAGCAGCAGAGGGCUCCGCCGGCGUCGUCCUCCACUGAACCUGCACCACCGAGUGAUUACAGUCGCCAGCAGGCUGAAGCUGCAGGGCACCCACCGAUGAUGGAUGUAUCUCGCGCGUUUCUCCAAGCGAUCAUGGGAUAUGUGAUGAAAAUGUAA